AUGGAGGUCGACCCCUCCGAUCAAGCGAAGGCUGCCCAGGCCUGUGUAGCCUGCCGGAAACAAAAGAGACGAUGCGACAAAGCGUUCCCGAGCUGUGGGCUAUGUGUGCGUAUGUCUCGGCCAUGCGAUUACACUGAUACCAACUCAAGCCCAAGUGCGGACGAUUUCGCCAUCUUGCAGCAGAAGAUUACGGACUUGGAAGCCCGCCUUGAGGGUAGACGGUCGGAUUUUGGCUGGUACGAGCCAAUACGAUCCAUCAGCAAAAGUCCGGCGACAAGCCUCGACUCGGCGACUCUCAACGACAGCUCCGGUUUCUCGUCAGCAGCCUUUUUCCUCGAUGCCGAAGUCUUCGUCCAAGCCCAGAUGAGCAUCCCGCGGCUGUCGUUUGCGGUGCCCUCGGAUGUCAUAGCCAUCUUGGGGACUUCGAUUUGCGACAUUCACGAAAUCGUAGACCGGUACUUUGCCAAUGUCCAUACCUGGCUGCCGUUCAUCUCCAAGAAGCGCAUGGAGUUGACCCUGUCGAACCCUAGCCUAGAUCUGUCGGCCGACUUUGCGCUCCUCCUGCUUUCGAUGAAGCUUAUCAUCCAGGUUCCAGCUGGAGGGCCACAAAGUGUCCGGUCACCUCUCUACGCUCUGACGAAAAGGUAUUUUGCGACGGUGGAAUCCAGUGGUUUGCUAUCGUUACACACAUUGCAGGCGGAUAUCUUGGUUGCCGCGUACGAGAUAGGGCAGGCAAUUUAUCCAGCCGCGUAUCUGACAACCGGCCACUGUGCUAGAAUGGGCCACGGUCUAGGUCUCCAUGACCGUACACUUGCACCUCAGUAUUCCAGGAAGAGAAUGGGCUCGUGGGCCGAGACUGAGGAGGCUAAGCGUACCUGGUGGGCAACAAUGCUCCUGGACCGCAGGUACGUUAACUCAGGCGCCCCCGGCCGCCCCUUGGCCACCGAUGACCCCUCCAGGCGCGAUGUGCUCCCAGCAGACGAUCAAAUGUGGGACGCAGGAGAGAUGGCAACCGGCGAACCUUUAUACGUCUCUUCUCCGACUAACGUGAUCGCCGGCCCAUUUGCACGGACUUGCCAGGCAACCCAUCUGCUGGGUAGACUGAUCCGAUUGGCGAAUGAUCAGCUCCUGGACUCUCCUCUACGAUUUACGGAAGCGAUACACCUGUUUCGCACGCUUCAAGCGUUGGCCAAUCUACUUCAGGGGGAUGCACAACAGUUGCCGGAGCGUUAUGGGACUGCGCUGGCCUUGUGUUGCUCCGCUUUGCUCCGUCUCUCCGAUCGUUUCGCAUGUACCGAAACGAACGGGGGCAAUCACACGGUGGAAGAGACCGAGAUGCAGACCCUUGCGAUUUCAGGGAUGAAGGGGACAGCGGCUGAUGCUCUGCAAUUCAGCCAGCUCCUGAUGCUGAGCAUGAUAGCAAGUCCUGCUGCAACCAGUCCGUUGAUUGGCGACUGUCUCUAUAUGGCAGCAGCCACCUAUGCGUGGCUCGCCCACGAGUCGGGAUUAAGAGAAAUGGGUGAAGCAUACCAUCAGCUCCGAAAAUCGCUGGAAACCAUGAAUUGUCGUUGGGCGGUAGCCAGCCAAUACCUUGGUCUUCUCGACAAAGCUAAAGAAACCCUCUACCCUGACUGCUUACUGCUAUGA